AUGGGUAAGGAAGAUCCUGAACGUCAUAUUGCAGCCUCGGGUGUCCAACAGGAUGACUCGAGUAGCCAAAAUGAUAACAAAGGAAAAGGUUCAAAGCUGGCGAAUGAGGAUCCCUUUGGCUCAGAAGAGGUAGCAGAAGUCAAAUAUCGCACGAUGAAAUGGUGUGAUGGCUCUAACAACUCAAUAGGCACUGCGGAAUGCCGCCUUACUAACUUGCAUAUCUCCACAGUUAUGAUUGCGGAGAAUAUCUCUUUGGGUAUUCUCUCAAUUCCAUCCACUAUCGCAGUUUUAGGAAUGGUUCCAGCCGCAAUUCUGAUCGUCUUCCUUGGCGUGCUAUCGUGGUACACAGGCUUCAUUAUUGGACAGUUCAAGCUCCGUUACCCACAUGUUCAUAGCAUGGGUGAUGCGGGAGAGAUCAUUUUCGGCCCUGUGGGUCGUAUAUUGCUGGAAAUUGGUCAACUCCUCCUGUUGGUCUUUGUGAUGUCAAGUCAUAUUCUCACUGCCACGAUUGUCCUCAGCACUAUCACCGACAAAGCAGUUUGUGGAAUUGUCUUUGGUGUUGUUGCACUAGUGAUUUGCUUCCUUGGAUCGCUUCCACGUACGAUGGCGAGAGUAUACUGGUUAUCUUUAAUUUCAUUCGCGAGUAUUUUUAUCACGACCAUAGUCACUAUGAUCAGCAUUGGGGUCCAGUCCAAGAGUGAUAUUCAAUUUGAGGUGGUUCGCCAAGUAAGCUUCUAUGAAGGGUUUCUUGCAUUCACCAAUAUUAUGUUUGGGUUUAUCGCACAUGUGACCUUCUUCGGCCUUAUAUCAGAGACUCAAGAUCCCGAGUUCUUCCCCAGAUCUUUGGCUAUGCUCCAAAUCACAGAUACUGUUCUCUACCUAGUAUCAGGUCUGGUGAUUUAUCGAUACGCUGGUGUAGAUGUCCAAUCGCCCGCUCCAUCAUCAGCAGGUCCGCUGAUGAAGAAGAUUUGCUAUGGUUUGGCCAUUCCAACGGUCUUUAUUGCUGGCAUCGUCGUCGGGCAUGUCGCAUGCAAGUAUGUCUACGUCAGGAUUCUACGUGGAUCCAGCCAUAUGCACAGAAAUAGUUUCGUCGGCAUUGGAACGUGGGUUGGAAUUGGGGGUGCACUUUGGGUUAUUGCAUGGGUUAUUGCCGAGUCAAUUCCUGGAUUCAAUGACCUGUUGAGUUUGAUCAGCGCACUCUUUGGAAGUAUUUUGAGUUUCGCCCUCCCCGCUAUCUUUUGGCUCUACAUGAAUAGAGGCAAGUAUUUUUCAACGGUGUCAAAAACUUGUUUAACUGUCAUCAACAUCUUGAUCUUUGCUAUAGGAUGCUUCAUGGAAGAGCGCUUAGCGAAACCGCUUCACAAAGCAGCUGGUCGUGCA